AUGUUUGUGAUAACAUUUUUAUUUAAUUUUGAUUUAAUAUCAUUAGAAUGGACUUUGGGAUCUUUCAUAUGCAAAACGGUUUCGUACCUGCAAGGAGUUUCUGUAUCGGCAUCCGUGAAUACAUUGAUGGCCAUUUCCAUAGAACGUUGUAUCGCUAUAUCGCAUCCAUAUUUGGCAAUUUCAUCAAAACAUUAUAGAGUAACUGUCACAAUAAUUUGGAUUUUAGCAUGUUCGGUAAAUUUGCCGUGGCUGUAUGUCUUCAAAUUAGAACCAAUCGAAUUAGGCAGCAGUCGAAAAGUUUGUAUCGAGCUUUGGCCAUCAACUAUAUCGGAAAAUGUCUAUUUUGUGUUGGCCAAUUUGAUACUCUGCUAUUUAGCGCCAUUGAGCGUAAUUACCUUUUGUUAUGUCAUAAUUUGGAAGAACGUUGUAUACCGAUCCAUACCGGGUGAAUAUUUGGGAUAUCAAAGUACACGGGAUUCAAUCAACCGCUCAAGACUAAAAGUCACUAAAAUGGUUUUUGUAGUCAUCAUUACAUUUGCAUUGUCAUGGCUGCCACUUUAUAUCAUUUUCUGUGUCGUUAAAUUCUGGGAUGAAGUUUUGUAUGAUGAACAAGGUCAAGUCAGAGAUAUUAUUUAUGUGUUGGUGCCGAUUGCUCAAUGGUUAGGAUCAUCAAACUCCAGCAUUAAUCCGAUUCUGUACUGUUAUAUGAAUAAAAAAUUCCGAAUAAGUUUUAUGAACCUGAUAAUUCGGUGUUCGUUACGCUUUCAUGACGAUAAUUUGGCAUUGCAUCAAGCUCGCAGUGAAGGUAAUUAUAAAGUCUAUAAAUUUAAUAAUAGUGCUCGUACUUUAUCAGGACGAUUUUCCGGCACUACCACCAUCAGUCGCAACGAGUUCGGAUCUAAAGUUUAAAAAAAUAAACAAUGAAAGUAUUUUCCUUUGGAAGUGCAUGUGAAAUUAAACAAAAUUACUGUCAGGAUUUAACAAAUGAAAGAAAAUAUUUUAAAUAGAUAAAUAAAAUGGUGAGCUGUCAUCAACAUCUGGCUAACCAUUGUAAUGAAUGUGUUAUAAUCCCAUUAUUUCCCGGAAAGUGACAAUACCAACAAUCAUAAUAAUUAAUUUGCAAAUGAUGAAAAUACAAUCGUUUGGCGUAUAUUUUUCAAAUAAUUUGAUUCAAAUUGAUUGACGGCGAUAUUUUCCUGAAGUUGUAUAACCCAAUGGACAACAUGAAAUUUAACUGAUUCAAAGGCGUUUUUUCUCCAAAGAAUCGUGAUAUUAUGAGAAUUGAACCAUAUUGAUUGCAUCAAUGCAUCUCCAUGGAAAAAGAAGAUAACUUAUUUUUAUUUUAUACAUUUUUAUAGUUCAAUACAGACAAUUUUUUUCUGAAACAAUCGGCGUCAAACGCAGCAAUGAGGAAAAAAGUUUUUUGUUGACAAGUUGAAAUAAGCAUGAAAUGAAUAUCGUCUUUAUUGUAAUAAAAUAAGAAAUCCGAAUCGUGAUACCGCGGCCAACUUUGAUAAUAUUCUACGCAGGGUCUCAAUACACAUUCAAAAAGAAUUCUUCUGUAUUUCACAGUGUAUUGCCCAGCGCUGCUGCCAUCCACAGCAUAUUAAAAUAUCUUGCUGAGAAUGCGUCGUCCAUCGCAUGCGAAUGUAUGUAGCAGUU